AGGGUUCUAGACACGAUGCUGAGGAACGCUCGCCAAAGCGGUGGUGAAAAAUCCAAGUGUUAUACCGCCUGUGCUAUUUGUGCAUGUCCGGAGAUCUACGAGCAAGUCAACCUCGCGAGGACUUGGUUCAUGUAUCUGCUAUGGCCAUUCACAGCCGGAUCUCACCAGCCAUCAGACCUGAUUUCUGAUCAAGCCAUGCCCACUAUUGACAACACCUAUGGCAGCCUCAUAAGUGUCAGUCCAGAACGGCGUAGCGGAUUUAGGAGCGAUCUUAAUUGGCAAGAUGGUUAUAGAUGUGUUGUUACUGGUAUGUGGGAUGGAGAACACAGGCCCGCCAGUAGCGAUCAGGCUUGGGUGACCUUGACAGGAGCGCACAUCCUGAAAUGGGCCGUUGGUGUUUUCACCCUGGAACAAGCGCAUACUGCGGCUGCGACGUGGAAUAUCAUUCGACAUUACUCAGGAAUAUCUGAAGAAACUAUUCAAGAUAUGGAAAGGCUCGUAGAUGAUCCUUCCAACAGCAUGAUGCUCGAACCCUAUGCCCACACUGUUUUUGAUAAGCUAAAAGUAUACCUCGAACAGAUGGAGCGAGAAGACGAGUACGUAGUCAAGGAAGUUAGCAGCGGGCGGUGGAUACAUCGCAACAUUCUCGAUAGAACUAUCACCUUCCGGAAUCACACUGCCCCUACACGAGACAUACCGUUGCCUAACCCUCAUUUCAUCGCCCUACAUGCAGCCAUCUCUCGAAUUUUGCAUAUGAGCGGUGCAGCCGAGGUAUUUGCACAGAUCUUGGACCGAUAUGAUGGAGCAGCAGGAGGCAAUGCCAUAAUUCUGAAAAGCAAUGGAAAUCCAGUACAUCAACUAUCUUCGAUGAUGUCUGCACUGUAUAUAAGCACCCUGCCGGAGUCCACUGCAUAG